AUGGUUAAAUUCCCGGUGAGAAAAUGCUAUCACGCGGCAAAGAUAUCUGUAUUGUUAGUGUUAGUUUUAUUUUUAUUGGCACUAUUCGAGAAAUGGAAGGGCGGCAAACGAAACGCUCGGGCAGAAUACACCGACCCCCUUGAGGUUGUUUACGAGAGAGAAAUUACGGAAGACGAAGCUCGCAUUAUACCAGGACUUGGUGAAGGAGGUGUAGCCGCUCACCUGAUGGGCGAUGAUAAGAUACUAGGCGAAGAAUCUGAGAAGAAACUCGCCAUCAACGUUUAUUUGAGUGAUCGAAUCGCCUACAACCGAUCCUUGAAAGAUUUUCGCAAUCCGGCAUGUCAACGGGUAGUAUACGACGCGGAGCUGCCGUCCGCUUCUGUAGUGCUGAUAUUCCACAAUGAACCUUAUUCCGUGGUCAUAAGGACCAUAUGGAGUGUUGUGAACUCCGCCCGUCGUGACCAACCCUGGUACAAACAGGCCAACUUCGUUGAUCGGGAGACUGGGCGUACUAUGAACCUGGGUUACCCUGGCCAAGACCCGUCGUCUCCCUUCGUAUACCUCAAGGAGAUCAUACUCGUAGAUGAUAAUUCUACAUUGCCGGAGUUGAAAGGCAAGCUCAGUCACUACGUACGCACUCGUCUGCCUCCCGACCUAAUCCGGAUUCUUCGGCUGCCUGAUCGUGUUGGGCUGACACGGGCGAGGCUCGCGGGCGCCCGGUACGCCGUCGGAGAUGUCUUGGUGUUCUUGGACUCGCAUUGUGAAGGCCAACCCGAUUGGCUUAGACCAGUACUACAGAGGGUGAAAGAUGCUCCGCACGCAGUAGUGGUGCCGAUCAUUGAUGUCAUCGACGCCUCAACAUUCUACUACAGCGUCCAAGACCCAGUUACUUUUCAGGUUGGUGGAUUCACGUUCAUGGGACAUUUUAACUGGAUCGAAGUGCCAGAAAGGGAGAAGAAGAGGAGGGGCUCCGACAUAGCUCCUACGUGGUCACCGACAAUGGCUGGGGGAUUGUUUGCCAUCAACCGCGCUUACUACUGGGAGCUCGGAGCGUACGAUGAACAGAUGGCCGGAUGGGGCGGAGAGAAUCUGGAGAUGUCAUUCAGGAUAUGGCAGUGCGGUGGCACAUUGGAAACAAUACCGUGUUCUCGAGUGGGUCAUGUGUUCCGCAGUUUCCACCCUUACGGGCUGCCGGCACAUACAGAUACUCACGGUAUCAACACAGCUCGUAUGGCGGAAGUAUGGAUGGAUGAGUACGCUGAACUUUUCUACUUACAUCGCCCGGACUUGAGGAAUAACCCCAAAAUUGGUGACGUCACACAUCGCAAAAUCCUCCGUGAGAAAUUGAAGUGCAAAAGCUUCCAAUGGUACCUAGACAACAUUUACAAGGAAAAGUUCGUUCCCGUACGUGACGUUUAUGGAUACGGCAGAUUCAUGAAUGCCCCUUCAAGAAUGUGUCUAGACACGCUACAACGAGAAGGUGUUGGCUCUCCCCUAGGCGUUUACCCUUGCCACGAUCGUUUGCAAGCCACUCAGUACUUCAGCCUAUCUUUGGCUGGAGAACUAAGGGAUGAGGAGAACUGUGCUGAAGUGCAACAUGUUAGGGGAACUGCGCCUGAUAGGGAGCGAAGAGUCCUCAUGAUGAGUUGCGGCGGUAGACAACGGCAGAAAUGGCGGUACCUACCUUCGGGUCAACUUCAGCACGUCAGUUCUACAUUAUGCCUAGACGCCGGCAUAGAGACUGGGGGGGACGCUUUGGCUCUACCCUGUCUAUCGCACGCCGCUUCCCAACGGUGGGCCAUAGACUACACGCAAGACAACGACUUUAAGGGCAAAGGUGAAUCGGAAUCGAGUGAACAAGAGCAAAGAUUGAGCAAACUCAGAGGGCAGCGACGAAUAUCACGCUCGCUCAUGUCGUACGCAGACGAGACAGUACCAGAGACAAACAGCACAGUCCGCAGACAUAGACACAAGAAGAAGCACAGUAAAAAACAUGCGCGCAAAAGGACCCAUAAGAAACGCAGCAAAAAUAAGUUCAUACUGAAACUAGUUAGAACAUUGAUGAAUGAUACAGAAGAUCAUUUGGAAGUUGACAUACAUUGCAAACAUAAGCAGCUGUAUCCGAACAAUACGUUUGUGAGAGAUCUGGUGACUAUACUUAACGAGAAGAAUAUUAAGGUAAUCAACAACGGUAGAGUGUUUGAACGCAACAAAGUGACGGAACUCAAAGGUUCUACGCCCGCCAAAGUUCUACAGAAGUUGGAAAUCGGCCACGAAAGCCAAGACAGCUCGAGAUCUCCACAACCCGAGAAGAUCAAACCAUUGCGCAGUGGAAAGCAUAAACACGAGAAGAUGGAACAAUCGAUGCAAGAACCAGAAAAGAAAAUCAUCAUAGAAGAUUUCGUGGAAGUCACUACCACACCCGAGCCAACGUAUUUAGCGAAGCGUCGUAAGCGUAAGCGCGGCCGCGUCACUUCCCUACCGAGCGUUCCGAGCGAAGCGAGCACUGUGAGCGAAGGCCUUGUGAACGAAUUACCCGAAGAAAACGUCAUAGAUGACAGGUCGAGGAAUAAAGAAGACAGAAUACAAAAAAUAUUUGAAGAGGACGCUAUGAAGGAACAGUCUAUGGAAGAAACUACAUCAGGUAGAGAGGAUCCACUGAAUGCUGUGGACGAAGAAACAGAUCGUGGCUCCGACAACGAAGAUUGGACCGUCGGAGAAUCUCGUUUCCGAAGUGACCGGAGAAAUCUUCCAAAUGAACACAGAAGCAAGACGUCACAACCAUACGAAGCCGCCGUAGAUCGUUCAGAAACAAGCGAGCGCGUUUCGGAACGCGCCAACUAUCAACGCAAGCCGGUCCGACACGAAAUCAGAUAUGUUACUGAUGAACAGUCGGACAAGCGUCGCAUACAUACCGACCGCCGCCGCGACAGGUUGCAAUCUGCUCAAACCGGGGAUCGAACCGACGACCCCGACCCCGCUAACCCCGUCAAACUGGUCAUGAGGAGCAACCUCACCUUCAACCUUGGGGAAGAGUUCUUCAAAUGGAAGAAGCAUGGUAGUGUCGCGGACAUCAUAAACGAGCUAUCAAUACCCACCGACGUCGCACAACCGGACGACGGUGCCGGAACCGGAUCCGGCGACGCCAUCCGGACCGGCGCCGGUUUAUAUCCAUCAUUCCGGACUCCGGAAUCGUCCAAUGAGGACGACGGAUCCAGUACUUCGGACAGUAGUGGGGAAUGA